UAAGGAAUGACCGCAUUGCCGCCGAAACUUUAGUGCUAAGUGGUCACUUUUGAACCGGCUACGACCAUGGCGCUCGUCAAGUCUCUCGUGUUUGCAUUGGCCGUUUGCUGUCUGUGUAGCGCGACACCAAUUCGCAAAAGAAGUCCAGACGAUUCAAAUGUUCCUAGUAUUUUGGAUAAUACAAACAAAACAGCAGAAGCAGAAAGUAUACCAACAGCUGAUAAUCCAAAUCCAGAAGAAAUAUCAAUUGUGGAAAAUCCUGAAUCGGUAGAAACAGACCGGGCCCAAGAGAAACAAGAAAUUAAUGUAGACAAAGAAGAAAAUAAUAAAACACAGGCUCUUUCAGAAAAAGAAGUCGAUCUUAAUCUCAAACAAGAUUCUAGCGUUGACAAAUCAGCUCUACCAGAAAAAGAAGUAGAUCUUAAUAUUGAAAAAAAUAUCAACAUUGACAAACCAGCUUUACCAGGAAAAGAAAUCGAUGUUAAUCUAAAAAAAGAUAUUAAUAUUGACAAACCAGCUCUACCAGCAAAAGAAGUCGAUCUUAAUAUUGAAAAAGAUAUCAACAUUGACAAACCAGCUCUACCAGGAAAAGAAAUCGAUGUUAAUCUAGAAAAAGAUAUCAACAUUGACAAACCAGCUCUACCAGGAAAAGAAAUCGAUGUUAAUCUAGAAAAAGAUACUAACAUUGACAAACCAGCUUUACCAGGAAAAGAAGUCGAUCUUAAUAUUGAAAAAGAUAUCAACAUUGACAAACCAGCUCUACCAGGAAAAGAAAUCGAUGUUAAUCUAGAAAAAGAUAUUAACAUUGGCAAACCAGCUCUACCAGGAAAAGAAAUCGAUGUUAAUCUAGAAAAAGAUAUUAACAUUGACAAACCAGCUCUACCAGGAAAAGAAGUCGAUCUUAAUAUUGAAAAAGAUAUCAACAUUGACAAACCAGCUCUACCAGGAAAAGAAAUCGAUGUUAAUCUAGAAAAAGAUAUUAACAUUGGCAAACCAGCUCUACCAGGAAAAGAAAUCGAUGUUAAUCUAGAAAAAGAUAUUAACAUUGACAAACCAGCUCUACCAGGAAAAGAAGUCGAUCUUAAUAUUGAAAAAGAUAUCAACAUUGACAAACCAGCUCUACCAGGAAAAGAAAUCGAUGUUAAUCUAGAAAAAGAUAUUAACAUUGACAAACCAGCUUUACCAGGAAAAGAAUUCGAUCUUAAUAUUGAAAAAGAUAUCAACAUUGACAAACCAGCUCUACCCGGAAAAGAAAUCGAUGUUAAUCUAGAAAAAGAUAUUAACAUUGACAAACCAGCUCUACCAGAAAAAGAAGUCGAUCUUAAUAUUGAAAAAGAUAUCAACAUUGACAAACCAGCUUUACCAGGAAAAGAAAUCGAUAUUAAUGUUGAAAAAAAUGUAUCGAUCGGAAUCACUCCCGGACAAACCACUAUAUCUACUGCAGAUGGGAGCAUUGACCAAUGUGAGACGACUGGUCAGCAGUUCAAACCUAUAUAUGGGUCAAGAGAUCAUGAAUAG